UGUAGGGGGUUCUAAAUGAACUUUGAUACACACAACACGUGUUUUUGUUUUUAAAAAUAGAUUUUAAACAAAUAUUAAUGUUCUCUUCCCUAACAUUGCUCUUUAGUCACAUAAUGUACACAAGUUAAUUAUAAAAUUUUCUGUUUACUUCACUAGAAAACAAUCACUGAUGUCCUGUAGUUUGGGUGAUGAAAGACAUUUACUGCUUCCUUAAAUACAUUAUACAAAAUACAUAGAAAUUCAAAUAAAAAAACGUAUUGUUUAGACAGGUUUGUGACUUGUCAACCCCCUGCUUACAGCAUUUAUUUUCAAUGUCAUCAAAAAGCUGGCCUCUAGCGAUCCGUGAAAAGAUUUUGUGGUAUAUGUAUUAAUGGUUUGUAAAUACUUUUAUUGUACCUUUCAUUUUCCGCUAUCACCUCCUCAGUGCUGAGGGACUUCUUGUGAGUUGGUCAGCAAUGUUUUUGCAGUUUGCAAAACCAGCCAGAUGAGAACAGGAUCGGUUUUAUGACAGUUUCUGUAAAGAUUAGAUUUGGAUGUUGCUGCAGCUUUGCGGGGGUCUCUCUUCUCUCGGUGCGUUUUUGUGAGGCUGAUCUUGCGCGUGAAACAUCCCUGAAAUUUGAGGCGCUCCAGGGAUUUCCCGCGCAUGCGCAGUAGGCUCUUCUCAGCAGCAGUGGAAACCACUGGCGCAGCAUAGGAGUCAUACCAAGCAUAGCCUGCGUGUCAGUGCAGUCGACUUACAGCUGGCUGUGAGGAGAACUGACCCUACUUUUCUUGUUUUUAUUCUGUUUAUUGUCGCUUCACAUUUACUCCUAACUUGGGUUUAAAGUGUCGCGAAUCUGCUAAAACUUCUACGAAACCACUUUACCCGGAAGUUACUUUGUUAACGGUGUUUAAAGUAAAGUUGGAGGCUGGGCCUUUGGCUUUUUUUUACCGUCGCCGAGAGAAGAAUAGAAAAGCUGGUCUUUUUUAAAUGAAAGCUCGAUUAAUGCAUCUAACGAAGAUGGACCUGUUGAACUACCAGUACUUGGACAAAAUGAACAACAACAUUGGUAUUCUCUGCUACGAAGGUGAAGCAGCAUUGAGGGGGGACCCCAGAUUCCAGUCGCUGUCCCUAUCUUCGUCCUCCUCCUCUUCAUCCUCUUCCUCCAUCUCCAGCCACAGGACUGGUCCUCCUCCCAUCAGCCCCACCAAGAGGAAGCUGAGUGGAGACCAGGGAGACAGCGACAUGGAUGACAAUGAACAUGUGGCAAAGAUGAGUCGACUCUUCGCUGCACAGCUGAAACCUAACGGAGACUACCGCAGCUCCCCCGUUGCUAAGGACCGGAGCCGGAGCCCCAGUGAGCGCAAGAUGGUUGCCAGUGCGUUGGGACUCCCAAACAACCACUUGUUUGGUCACACACACCACCACCACCAUCACCAUCACCACCACAUGGCCACCUUAGCCAGCAUGGACCAGCCACUGGCACUCACCAAAAACAGCAUGGUGGAGGCGGCACGCAGCAGCGCCGCGGCCAUGGUCACAAUGCCACACACAGUCAGCACAGUGGAACGCCAGCAGAACCGUCCAUCUGUGAUCACGUGUGCUGCAGCCAACAAUCGAAACUGCAACCUGUCCCAGUGUCCGGUGUCGCACAACGGCUGCUCCAACCUCGCCAACAACUACAGAAGAAUCAACCGUGAGUCCCAGCAUGCACCUCAAACCAACACAGCCUGCGACCCUGUGAUUGAGGAGCAUUUCCGUCGCAGCCUCGGGAAGAACUACAAGGAACCCGAGCCCCCCGCCACCAACUCUGUGUCCAUCACCGGCUCGGUGGACGACCACUUUGCCAAGGCGCUGGGCGAAACCUGGCUGCAGAUCAAAAACAAGGGCAGUCCCUCGUCGUCCGGCAGCAGCCCAAACGCCUCUCCCAACAGUCACAUGGUCAACCACAACCACUCCCCUUCUGUCGUCUCUUGAAGGCAUAGCCCCCUACCCACCCACCCCCUCACCAGCUCAUCCAAUCCUCCCAAUUCCAGCAUCCGUGCCCCUGCCACUUUGGUCCGUCACCAGCAUCCCUGAGGGAAUGCCUGCCUGCUGGUCUGCUAAAAACAGCCAAAACCUUCAAGCCUGCUCUCUCACUGUGCACGCACACAGGGUCAAUCAAGCAAUAAAGACAUGGCCCCCUCCAUGCUGUCCUCCGGUGCUGCAUGGCAGUAAACCAGCGCUGCGUGAAGAGGAUCCUGAAGUAAAGCAUCAGCUCCAGUCUCACAACAGAAACCCUGCGUUUGUAGCUCUGAGCAGAGCGAGUGUCUGUAGUUAUAUGUACAUAUAAGGAGGGGAAGGACGAUAUUUUAAUUAUUAACUUUUUGUUUCUGUAACUAGUUCUGUGUAUCGUUCCUGGUUUAUGACACGCCUGGCCUCUGAACGACAAGAUGAGUGAGAAACACGUCUUAGAAGAACAUCCACUACCCAUCUGACUGUGCUACCAAAGAAACCUGUCACUCACACACACACACUCUCAACCCGAGUCAGUUUGUGUGCUCUUGAGUGAUGGACUCGGUCUGAUUUGGUGAUCUGAACACACCGGCAUCAGAGAUGAUCUCACCUUUAUCUGAUUAAUCAUCAUUUCUGGGACGAAAUUUUAUUUGGGUUCUGUUGGUAUCAUAAGUUUGUCUUUGAGUUCAUGAGGGGUUAAAGGUCAGUCUUUGGUGUGUUUCAAACUGCUGAUGAGGAGAAGAUAAUGCUACGUAUCACUAAAGAAAAAUGAAACACGUAUUGGGGUUUUACGCCCGGAGUUGAGAGGAUUAAACAUGAUUUCUUUGACUGUGUCGCUCUCCUUGAACCCAGGUGUUGUAACUAUCCGUCUCUUCUCCUCACUGUGGUUCAAUGGAUCUCUGAGGGGUAAAUUAAUGCUGUUAAAGAUGCAUGUUAAUGUUUUUAAUAGCUGGUAUCUAUUAGUGUUUUGUUUUCGCAUUUCAAACCUAACUAUUAACCUUUUCCUUCAGACGUUAGUUGUUACUUCUUUUGCUGCCAGUAACAGACAUAGACACUAUACACUCACUGCUGGGUCAGUUGUACUCCAUGUUCCUAUUGUUAUGAUCAUUUUCUACAUUUGUUUUUCCAUUAAUUGUAACAUGAUAGCAAACGUGUGUGGGACGGCCUCCGGACAGGCUCUGUUAGGGAUGGGAGCUGCCUUUCGUCAAACUUCCCCAGAACAAAAUCACAAAUCUGUUUAAUCCCUGAUGAUAGUCUUGUUGUGGACUUGGCUUGUGGGAUAGACGGUUUCUCCAUAUGAUGUUGAUCCAUCAGUGGUUCAGGAUGCUACAGCCUGCAGCGUGACAGAUUGGCACAGAUUAGUCAGCAGGAAUCUUUGUACCAACAUUCACCUUUAGAGACUUUUUAAAGAGCUGCUUUUCUCCUAAAUUAUCCCCUAAAAUUAACCGCAUGAAGAAAAUGAGUUUGUAGACUUUGUUGCUUAUAAAAUAAAAGUAAUAUUUAGCUUAUUUUAUAGUUGAUGUUGCAGCUCUAGUCUUUAUUGGUUGACUUUUUGUGUUCUGACUUGAUGUUCAGACCUAAAAUAAAAGCAUACUUCAGUUCUUUCAGUUAAAAACAUAAAUAUGACUUUGUUAGAAGAAUCAAGCAUUCCUCUAGUGGCCUCAUGUGUGCACAUCAUCAACAGAGGAAGAUAUUUACCCCCGACAGUUUUUUAUGGCAUGGUACAGAAAUGACUAAAUUGAGUACCGUGACAUUUUCAGAGACAUUUUAAAGGUGUUGUUGGGAGAACUGGGCUUGUAGUCGCAGCUCGUUAUUCUGUCGCUGACGUUCAGAAUCAUUUCAAAUGGUGAGGCCUUUAAUUGUUUGCUUUGAAGACGUUUUGGAGCGUGAACGAUGAUCCUACGGAGUUCCAUUAAUGAAAGCUGUUCUCUCUAAAAAGUCCACACAUUCCAUCGUUUGUUGAUGGGGAAACGAGAAUGGUCAGCGUCAUGGGGGUGGGGUUAGGGUUGGCUUCAGGAGCUGUGCUUUUGUAAGUGAGUCAUGAGUUUUUCCUGCCAUGUAAAAGUCUGUUGACACAGUCAUGCCCCCCCCCCCCCCCCCCAUCUCAGAUCCACGUGGACCUGCUGUAGUUGGCGCAGCGCUAUAAAACGCGAGGGGAUAAGGGGGCAGUUUGUCCAGAGAAUUUAACCUUCUUUUAUUUACUUUCUCGUUAGCAUUUCACUACCACCCUGUAGGUAGGAGGCGCUCUCGCUUCGGCAUGCACUCCCUACACACUGUAGGAAAAUCACUUAAUAAAAAAUACCCUUUUAAAAAUAAUAGGUAACUAUAAGACCAUCAUUACGCUGUGCGUAACGAAUGUACAGAGAAAAAAUCGUAGGUAUUUUUGAGGAUCAAUUAAUUUGGUAAUGACAUGUAGCUAUUUAAUUGUUUUUUUUUCCUGUCCUUAUAUUGUAAUCAUUGUAUUUUCUUUUUAUAUAUUUUUUUGGGGGGAAAAAAAGUUGAUCUUUUUUUUUUUGUCAGUAGAGUUUGUCUUGUUCGCGUUAAGAUUCAAGUGCAGGAACACAGUAAAUGUAUAAAACCACAAAAAGCCGCAGGUGUGUCGGUGACAAUCGCUACUUCCAUUCUCCCCAGUGGGGUCUGCCCAAUCUGAAGACGUUCGAACAAAAGUUUAUCACUUGUACUAUUUGCAUAAGAUGCAUUGACCAGUGAGUAAUAACAGCUACCAAUGUUAGCGAUGGGACAGCUAACAGAAUAACUUGUAAACCCUUCAGACUAUUAAAGAGUGUGUUAAUUAUUUAAAGUGGCAAAAGUUAUUACCCAUAAAUCCUCUAACGCUUAUCGAAUCAACCAGGGGUUGGACUUCACUUUGACUGCACCACAUUUUCCAGGUCGUGAUUUGAAGUGGAAGUAGCAUCAUGUACUUAGUGGUAGUAAUACUUCAAACUGUAAGGUAUAGUCUAUCCAGAAAACUAUUUGUGGCUCUCUGUCUCCUACUUAAAAGGUUUUGGCAGGCCACCUUUUUUGUACGUAAAGUAGCCUUGAUGAACAAUAAAGUGCUUUUAAACCACUGA